UCUCUCUCUCUCUCUCUCUCUCUCUCUCUGAAAGCAAUUCUCUCGAUUUCUCUAAUUCUUUGUACUCUCUCUCUGAAAACCAUGAAAUCUCCGGCGAAGAUCAGCGAGAACAGGUUCCUCGGAAGCAUUUCGAGUUCGUCGAUCCGUAAUUUGCUUCCCAAAUCCAUCUCUGCCAAGCCAAAAUCAAACCCAAAUCACGAUUCUAAAACAUUCAGAUCCAACGACGAGAACGCAGUUCCUGUAGAUCCAAACGUCCAGGCUGAUCAACGCAACGCUACGCACUUCACAAAGCAAUCAUCGCCCAAAUCCCCCUCCCCCAUGAGUCCGAUCCUCAAAUCCCACGGUCAGCUUGAAAUUCUAGCGAAUCUGCAAGACCGUGUCCAGGUCCAGAAAACGGCAUCGGACACUUUCGUGGAAGAGAAGGAAGCUCUUGGGUCGCCAUUGAAGGAUGAAACAAGGACUGUGCUUUCCCCUCGAAGAACCAAUUCAGUACCAAAUGAAAUUUCAGAGGAAUGCGAGCCAUUGGGGGAUCAGAUUCGUCAACUAAAGGAGGAACUCAUAAGAACCAAGUCUGAUGGGUUCAAACCGGAUGGCAGUAGAAAUGGCUACUUCGCUCGUGAUAGCUUGAGUCAGCUCAGAGUUAGUAUUAACCAGUCUUUAGUCCUGUCGUGUGCAAACAAAGAUGAUGCAGAAGAACAAGAGAUGAAUUUGGGUGACAGUGAUGUGCGGGAUUUGAGUGAACAUAUUGAAAAGUUGCACAAUUCUUGUGAUGGGAACACCAGAGACUCCAUUCAAUCUUCCUUUGCAAGUGCUUCAUGUGAAGCAGAGUCAAUGAGUGACGAUGAGAUUUGCUCUGAAGAUUUGGAGAAACCCAAGAAUGGUGCUCUUGAUGAUGCUGAGUCAAGUGGCAUUUCGAUCAGUCUACCGCCACCGACCCGAGUUCUUGAAGAGCCAACUUUCUCAGAAUCUCCGAAAAUCAGAAACUGUCGCAAGAGCGUGGCUGCGUCAACGAAAUUUCUGGCAAGUCAUAAGAAUGUGUCUGAAAGCUCCAACCUUGGAAAUAUGAAACAAGUGGAGCAGGUUGGUACUUCUAUGAGCAAGAAGUUCCCGGGUCCUGCUGCGGAAUCUUUAGCUGCCAGUCUCCAGAGAGGAUUGCAGAUAAUAGACUAUCAUCAAAGGAGCUCGAUGUCGAACAGAUCUUCAGUUUCAUUCUCGUUCGAGCACUUGACACUGAAACCUUGUCCAGAAGCUGACAACCUUAAUGCUUCUGUUCAGAUGUUGACAGAGAAUAAACCGCCAGAAGGUGGAUUAUCUGAGCUUCUCUGCUCUUCCUGCAAACAGAACCUAGGCCAAGAGGUUGAAGGAGGAAAUGAUGCAACAGACGCUAACAUGAGUGAGAAAGAUCUCAAGAACGUGUGUAAGGAGCAAGCAACCAAAAUUGAGCAGCUAACUCUUCUGUUAGACCAAUACAAGAAGGAAGAGGAGCCAAGAAAGCUUAUGAAAUCAUGUGAUGGAGAGGAUCAGACAGAGGUUGUGAAGGCAACAUACUUUGAUCUCAACGAAAAGGAAGCCCUUCUCAAAGAGAUUGCUGAGCUAAAGAGCAAGCUGCAGCCCACAAAGUCCACCGAGAAUCUGAGAUCCUCGUUGCUGCUACGCUCCAUUCAGAUGCGCAAAAGCAUGGACGCCACCUACAGUUCCAACAACGAUGAUGACCUCGAGAAAGAACGAGAAAGGUGGACGGAGAUGGAAAGCGAGUGGAUAUCCUUAACAGAUGAUCUCAGACAGGACAUCGACAACCACCGGAGACAUGCAGAGGAUCUCGAGAUGGAGCUCAAACAAGAGAAGAGGUCCACUGAAGAGCUGAAUGAUGCGCUCAGUAGAGCGAUGAUUGGUCACAGCAGAUUCAUUGAGCAGUACACAGAGCUACAGGAGAAGUACAAUGAACUGGCAGAAAAGCACCAUGUCACAAUGGCGGGAGUAUCUGAUAUGAAGAAGGCAGCUGCAAGAGCAGCAGCCAAAGGUCGACAUGGGAAGCGUUUUGCCAAAGCCUUUACAACCGAGCUCUCAGCCAUAAGAGCAGAAAAAGAAAAGGAAAGGGAGAUGUUGAAGAAGGAGAACAAGGGCCUCAAGGCUCAGCUCCGAGACACAGCUGAAGCUGUCCAAGCAGCUGGAGAAGUGCUUGUCAGGCUGAAAGAAGCUGAACAAGCUGUACAAGCAUCCGAGGAACGUUUCAGCGUCGUUGAAGAAGAAAACGGGAAGUUGAAGAAGCAGAUAGAGAAGCUGAAGAGCAAACACAAGAGUGAAAUGAACACCAUGAAGCAAUACCUAGCGGAAAGCAGGUUACCGGGUUCUGCACUGCAACCGUGGUACAAGGAAGAAGAACCUGAACCAUUAGGACCUAACAUGAGCACGACCACGGCCACAGCCAUGGCCACGUCCACGACCAGGACCAGUGUCAGUUACGAUGACUUCUACGAGGAUGAUCAAGCAUGGAGAGCUGAAUUUGGGCCGAUAUAUCAAGACCAUGAUCAUUACUGAGUUGAUCAACAUUAGUCAUUACAAGUCACUGUCUUGUUUCAGACCCUUCUUGGGUCCUUCAACUUCUUCUAUUAUACUCUUGAUUUCAUUACUCUAUUUGUUCCUUUUACCUCGUAUUAGUUUUUGUCAUGUUUUUUUUUUGUUUGCGCUUGUUCUGAUGGAUGUGCCAUUGUUGUAUGGUCAGUAGAUGUGUUUUGUGUGCUUUAAUUGAAAAGUUCUUUUUAAA